AUGUGUGAUGCGUUCUCAAAAGAUGUUAGUAUCGAUGCGGUUAUUAAAGCCGACUGGCAACGGCUCAAGUCAAUUCUUCAAGUGCAGGCAAAUAGACGCAAGUGUGGUGAACCGAAUCGUAUGAUAUUGGUGGAUAUAUUGAACACAACGGCUGGUUUGCUUCGUAAUUCAGCCUACAUUCUGGAACGACUGCAACGUGCCGGUAUUCCCGAUGUACCGAUGGGAAUUGGUAUUGCUCUAAUGGUUGCCAUCACUGAGGCACGAGCGAAGAGUGUACAUUCUGAGGCCAUGAAUCUCAUCUUAUAA